CCAAGUAACUCGCUGUCAACGUCAUGGAUGACUAUUAAUGUAUGGCCGAGAAUUUAAGUCCGUUUAAUUUUUACUAUUACUUUAUUUCACUUCGCGCUUUACCAAAGUUGUGUUUAGUAUUUUGCUCAAUAUAAACUACUUUAAAAUGCAUAAAUUCAGUGUGUUUUAUUUAUUACUUCUGGCGGCAGUGCUGCAUAUAACCAGCGCACUCAGAGAAGGCGACUGUGAAGUGUGUAUAAAAACAGUAGAGAAAUUCGCAGCCACGUUAUCUGAUGACGUUAAAAAGGACACAAAACGGAUCGAAGCCGAGUUCAAAAAGUUCUGUAAAGGUUCAAAGAAUAAAGAGAACCGCUUCUGUUACUAUCUAGGCGGGCUAGAAGAGUCUGCGACCGGCAUCCUGAGUGAACUGUCCAAGCCGCUCAGUUGGUCUAUGCCGGCUGACAAAAUCUGUGAGAAACUGAAAAAGAAAGACGCACAAAUUUGUGAUCUUCGCUUCGACAAACAAAUUGAUUUAAACAAUGUCGAUUUAAAAAAACUAAAGGUCCGCGAUCUGAAGAAGAUCUUGAACGACUGGGACGAAGUGUGCGACGGCUGCAUCGAGAAGACUGACUUCAUCAAGAGGAUAGAAGAGUUGAAGCCCAAGUAUAUGGGUCGAUCUGAUUUGUAAUAGGAUAUGCUAACUCUUAGAGUAAUUCAUAAACAAUUGUGUAAAAGUGGACACACACUGAGUGGGGGUCGACGGAGAAAGUUCACUGCAACUAAUAAAUAAAUUAUUGUGUUUGGUAUGAUUCAGCGAUUGUUGUGUUGUAUGGUGUAUGCAUUUACAGCAGAAUAAACAAUUACUGUGAUGAAGUAAAUAAUAUUUUUAAAUGCAAUUGUUUAAUUUAACCCAGUUAAUGUUUAUAUCAAACAAAUUUUAAUUGAUGAUUAAUAUUUUAGUAGUGUAAACUUGUGUUUUUGUAAAAUGUGAGACAUUUGGUAUGAUACUUGAUAGCAAUACAUGUCAUUGUUAAUUUAGAAAUAUUUAGUAAAUUUCUUUCCUUAAUAAUUUAAAUAGCCAAUAUCUCAGUGCAAAAUUAUAUUAUUAUAUUACUAUUUCAAUACAUAUAUUUAAUAUUUGAUACAUUGCUUUUAGACCACAAAGCCUUGAAACAGUCUUUGUUGCCUUUUGAUACCUAAAACUUGGCCUUAAUUUAAUUCUGUUGGAUCUUAAAAUGAAAACGUAAUAAUUUUUAACCAGCACUAGGCUGCCAGGCCAUGUCAGCAAUUUAGACCUUUGAUACCAAGCAAUAAGACUGCCUUUUGUAUGUCUACAAUGUUAUGUAUUUGUAAUAAUACUUGUGGUGUACCUACAAUAAAUUAAGUAUUGUAAAAAUAAA